GGAAUUCGUGGCGGACGGACGCGUUCUAACUAUACAGUUGCUGAUAAACAUAAUACAAAAGAAGAAACGACGAAAGAUUUGCAAAAAUGGCCAAAUACUCAGGUAAAAAAUGCCGGCUGCUGUCAAUGAUGAUGCUGACCGGCUUCUUUUUCUUUGUGGAAAUUAUUGUCGGUUAUGUGACAAAUUCAAUGGCAUUGGUGGCUGACAGUUUUCACAUGUUGGGUGAUAUAGCCGCCUUAGUUAUAUCAUUUUUAUCUAUUAAGAUGUCACCAAAGAAAUGGUCAAAAAACACAUUUGGUUGGGCGCGAGCUGAAGUUUUGGGAGCACUGGUAAAUGCCGUGUUUCUGGUAGCAUUAUGUUUCAGUAUUACCAUAGAAGCUUGUAAAAGAUUUAUUGAAGAAGAAACAAUACACGAACCCAAAUUGUUAGUAGUUGUAGGUGCAUUAGGUUUACUUGUUAAUGUGAUAGGACUUUGUUUACUUUAUGAACACGGUGGACACCAUGGUCAUUCACAUGGUGGUGGUUUAAGACGAAACCACAGCCGACUUACUGAGCUAGCUAAUGUUGAUGAUGGCGAAGGCAAUGAAGAUUUUGCCUAUGAGAAACAGAAAGAGAAACAAAUUAAAAAAUCCAGCCACGGCCAUAGUCACGAUCCAGGACAAAUGAAUAUGCGUGGUGCAUUUUUACAUGUCUUAAGUGAUGCUUUGGGCAGCAUUAUUGUUGUUAUCAGUGCAUUGGUUGUUUGGAAAACAGAAUGGAAAUAUCGUUAUUAUAUGGAUCCAGCCUUAUCUAUCGUUUUGGUGUGCUUAAUAUUACAUUCAGUCUGGCCUUUAUUGCGUGAAUCUGCAUUAAUUUUAUUACAAACAGUACCAACACAUAUUCAGGUUGAUGCCAUACAAAAACGAUUAUUAGAAAAGGUUGAUGGUGUUUUGGCUGUCCAUGAAUUUCAUGUGUGGCAAUUGGCUGGAGAUAGAAUUAUUGCAUCCGCACACAUAAGAUGUCACAAUCUUUCCGAGUACAUGAAAAUUGCCGAAAAGGUUAAGGAAUUCUUUCACAAUGAAGGCAUACACUCCACAACUAUACAACCGGAAUUUGUUGAAGUUGACGGUGGCGGUUGUAUAAUGUCGGAUGGUACUUCUAGUCUAAAUAUGAGCGGCUCAGAUUGCUGUGCCCUCGAUUGUCCACCCUCAACAGACAAUGGUUGUGUUAAGGCAACAUGCUGUCAAAAUAAUAACAAAUUGAACCAAUUGCCCUCACCCACAGCAUCGCCAUACAUGUGCCGCCAAAGAAAUUCAACACGCAAUGCAAAUGAUGUAGAAUCGGGUUCUUUAUUGGAUCCCGUUGCCAAUAGUAGUGCGGGUGGUGGAAGUAAUUCUGGUGGUAUGCCCAGCAGUGGCAAUUCGACAAAUCAAACAAACGGCGAAGUAGUUUGACAGAAUUCAUUGAACUUAAA